AUGAUUUCCCGUUCACUCCUGGUUGCAUCUCUGGUCACUCAAGCGCUCGGAAUUGCGCCAUACACCAUCCAGCUUCAAUCGCGUGUAGCUCCCAAAGACGCGACAUUGCGCCGGAGGGCUCUCAAUCCGGUGACCGUCCCUUUGGCGGACUUCUUCCUUGGCACCGACCUUCAAUGGUUCGGCAAUAUCUCCGUUGGCACUCCUCCGCAAGAUGUCAGCGUCGUAUUCGACACGGGCAGCAGCACCCUCGAGUUUGCCUCCACCAUGUGUGGUAGCGCUUGCGACAACCAAGUCAAGUUCGACUACCAGAAAUCAUCGACGUUCGUUGACAAGAAGACAACAUCUUCAAUUACUUUUGCCACUGGCGUUGGUGUCGACCCUGUUAUCGGGUCCAACUACAAACUAACGCUCCGCGCCGCAACGGAUACUGUCACCGUCGGCAACCUCUCAGCCAAGAACGUUGCCCUCUUCCUCAUUACCAACCAAACCCCCAAGUUCUCCAUUAACCCAUUCAGCGGUAUCCAGGGCAUGGGUGCACGAGCACAGGGAAUUUUCGCUGCCCUCAUUAGCCAGGGUCUUCCCUCGAUUUUCAGCUUAUAUGUCACUCCACAAGCUGUCGGCAAUGCAGAAUUGACCAUCGGUGGUAUCGACAGCACCAAAUUCAACGGCUCAUUAACCUACGCCCCAAACAACGACCGUGGAUCCGAUACUUGGUCCCUUCUCUCGCCCCAAAUCUUCGUCAACGGCAAAUCGACCUCGACACUAAAGCGCUCACGCGACGUUAUCUUCGACUCGGGAACGUCUAACAUUCUCUUUGACACAACCACCACCGAGGCCAUAUACUCCCUGAUCUCACCGCAAAUCAAGCCCCACACCUCCGAGAAGGGCACCUACGGCAUCGCCUGCGACCUUAUCCCGACACUACCGGCUGUCAUCGAUCUUGGUUUCAAGGAUGUGAAUGGGAAGGCAUUCAACCUGACCAUCCCCAGUAGCGAGCUCAGCGUUGGUCCAUUUGCCGACGCACCCCAGACAUGCCAGACUCUGAUCAAUGCUUUCGAUGGCCUUGAUCUUGUCGGAGGAAGCGUAUUGAAGCACUACUACAGCGUCUGGGAUGUCGGUGCGCAGAGAAUGGGUUUUGCGGCAACUGGCAUCUGA